AUGUCGUCCCUCUGGAACGCCUUUUCUUCGGGCAACAAGCCCCAGCAGCAGAAGCAGCAGGAGCCCACGACCACAUUCGGACCUCCCGCAUCGUCGCCCGCCUACGAUCCGACCGAGGGCCAGGGCGUCGAGUCCUUCCUCCAGAGCACGACCUUUGCCGACCCAUCACAGCUGCACCCGCUCGCGGGCCUCAACAAGGACACGCUCGAGUACCUGUCGCUCGAGGACUCGGCCCUGUCGGACCUGCCCGGCGGGCAGUCGGUGAUCCCCUCGCGCGGCUUCACCGACGACCUCUGCUACGGCACCGGCACGACGUACGUCUCGGGCCUCGUCAUCGGCGGCGCCUGGGGCCUGCAGGAGGGCCUGCGCAAGUCGGCCGGCCAGCCCCCCAAGCUGCGGCUCAACGCGACCCUCAACGCCAUCACCCGCCGCGGGCCCUUUCUCGGCAACUCGGCCGGCGUCGUCGCCAUCGCCUACAACAUGUUCAACUCGCUGAUUGGGUACUGGCGCGGCCAGCACGACGCGGCCAACUCGAUCGCCGCCGGCGUGUUUAGCGGCAUGCUGUUCAAGAGCACCCGCGGCGUGCGCCCGAUGAUGAUUUCCGGUGGCAUUGUCGGCUCCGUGGCGGCCGCCUGGACUAUUGCCCGACGAUCCCUCUUCUCCGUCCCUGAGCCCAUUCCCUCGACCGCCUCUACCGAGCUCGAGACGCUGUAA